CAAUACUGUGACUAGGUGCAAAUUUACCUUCUCUUUAUGAAAAAGUAAACAAGUCCAACCAGAGUCCAACUGUGGCGUCAUAGACACGUGAUACACCUUGUUGUUCAUCUUCGAGUUACGAGUCACGACAGUUCUACGUUGAGCUUUGAUAAGAAGGGUGCUUUUACGUUCCCUUGUCGUUGAUCGAUCAAGUAUCAGGGAAGCAGACGAAGCAAAAAGAGAAAAGCUAUCUCGUAAAUUUAUAUAAGCAUGUUUCCAGUUGGAGGUACGGACCGUGGAGAAACUGACGUGCAUUUUGUCAGUAGAAUGACUGAUUUGUCGAAGGAAGGUCGUGCGGAUAUUGAAGAGGCAAAAAUGAAUGAAUCGGAAAACAUUUCAUCGUUGACGAUAACCGACAUAGAUAUUAAAUCCGACAUGUCAGAUUGCGAUAACGGUCAAGACUCUCGACCAAGUGAAGACACAGAAGAGCCUGCAUCGAAAAAGCGAAAGCAUCGGCGGGGCAAGGCAGCAGGAGGUAGGAAAAAUAAAAAUUUUGAUAGAAAACGCGAUGAGAGCGGCGAUCCAAGUGACAGCGAUAAUUUUGUCUCAUGCUCGCAAUUAGGGGAAAUGUUACCUGCAGCCGCUGUCGAACUACAGGGCGAUUGUCAAACGCCCGCUGUCACGAGAAAAAGAAGACGACGACGACCUUUACAACAGCAAGUUAGGCCUGUGCCACCGAUGGCGCCGAUGAAUUCAACGCAGUUUCUCAUCGACGACCAAGAUGUGAGUAACUGCGGACUCUAUCGCAGCUUCGAAACGCCGCAGCACGAAAACGGCUUUGUCUCGCCGAAGAUGCAGAGCCCCCUAGCGGGAAGUCCAACCGGCAGCGACUUCAACUACGAGUACGACUCGCCCGACAACAUCGACACAGUGGACUUCCUCCAGCGAGACUUUGAGAACGAGUACGCGAGCGUCGCGGAGGCGCGGCUGUCCGACCUCAGCCGCGACAACCUGGUGCGGCAGAUUCUCAUGCUCGAGGAACAGUGCAACAACCUGUCGAACUGUGCGAGCGCACUGAAGUCGUCGACGCGCGAUCGACAGGUCGAUGACGUAAUCGGCGAGUUGCUGAACGAGUACAGGAAGCUGAAGCGGAAAAACUCUAUUCUGAAAGAGGAGAAUCGUCUACUCGAGGAGGCGAGAAAGAUCGAGGUCCGACCGUUGUGAUUGCACGUUGGCGCUGACACAGUGAUGCAUCUGCAGCGCCGGUAGGAAACCACCACUGGUUACACCCGAAACCACCACUAUCUACGCUCGGGCAGACGAGCCCGGGGCGUGGUGACGCCUGCGCCACCUAGCGUUGCCUGUUUGUGCCACAGCGGUGCGAUUCAGUCCCCGCAAGUGGCCUGUCACUGUAGGGUCGAGGCAGACCUGUGUUUGGGCCAGCAAGAACGAAAGGAGGUUGGCCUUCAAUGCCGCUCUGGCAGGCGGCCGGAGAGGACUCGCCGAACCACCAGAGGAAGCCCCCGAGGCUUACGCUCGGACGGCGCGCGUAGCCACCAGCAGUGGCGACCGCAGAGAGAGAGAGAGAGAGAGAGAGCGAGCGCGGAACGGGUUCGAAAAAAUAUGUCCUCGAGCCCUGCCUUCCCCCCUUCCCCACACACUCGCGAGUUGUGAGCUAAUAAUAGUGGCGUGCACAGGUCUUAUAUGUGGAUCUACUUUGUGCGACGUUUUGUAUGUUUGUGUAGUAGGUUAUGUUCGACGGUGACCACCAGAUGGCAGGACGAUUCGUACGCUCGGCGGAAACAACGGAGCGUUCGUUCGAGUGACGGGGAGCCUCGUCUCUGAACGUUGUCGGCAAAAUGUCGCGCAUCGGUUGUGAACUGCAUUGUUUUUCGUUUAUGUAUUACGCUGAAGAGUUUCGUUUUCUGUAUAAUGUGUUGAUCGGACUUCGGCGCUGUGUCGUAGCAGACGCGUGGUGUGACACUGUGAUGUAGUGUGUGUGUGUGCGUGCGUGCGUGCGUGCGUGUGCGUGCGUCCGUACGUCCGUGCGUGCAUGUAUGCGUGCGAUUUCUCCAGAACGCUCGCUACUUUCUCUGGGGCGUGGCACGUCGUGACAAUCCCCCCCUCACGCCGACACCCCUGCCCGGAUCGCUCGAAAGCACCGCUGCACUCCCCCCCCCCCUGAUCACGGUGGGUGAGGGCCCUGCAUUCUUUACCCCGAUGCGCAUUUCAGAUGGGUAGCGGCGUUAUUCCUCCGUACUCUUUAAUAUCAUUCAUUAUUCACUCCCUGCUAACAAGAAGCUGUCGUUGCUUACUGCGGUGUAACUCAUGGAUCGAUGGACUGACUGCCACGCGGAAGGCGGUGGGGGGGGGGCGGCAUUUAAGCAGACGAACGUUCUUAGUUCUUCGAGAUCGGAUCGCCUGCCUGCCGGCGAACAGAUCUCAGCUUAUUCUGCGAAUAUUUUGCACACCUGCGGCGUUGUGUGUAUGCUCAUGCGUGUGUAUGCUCAUGCGUGUGUAUGUCAUGUGCGUAUGUCGCGUGCUCAUGUGUAUGUGUGUAUGCUUUCUUGCUAGGCGAGGCCGAGCGGCUGUCGAGAUUUUGCCUCGUGGGUGAAAUUAUCCAGGUCCGCGGAUGGAGCUCGUGCUGGAGGUGGGGGUAGGUGCGAGCCCCUGGCUGCUUGUAGGUGUGGCCGUGUGCGUGCGUACGUGCGUGUGCGUGCGUACGUGCGUGUGCGUGCGUGUGUAUUUGCGUAAAUGUCUGUG